AUGGCUGACCAAGAGCGCGCCAUUCUGGACUUCUACCAGUUAUCCACACCAUUCCCGUCGGAAUGGCCCAAGGAUAAGGACGAUUCGCAAUCUUCCGGGGACGAGGCAGAGACGUCGCGUAAGAAGGCGUCAAGUACGAAGCUGCAACGACGCAAGUCACAGUACCAGGCGCUUGAGCGGGCGACCAGCACCCAGCGGAGGAGCAGCUAUGUCAGAGGCUCAGAGGGAGGCAAGGGAGGCCUGGGGAACUUGGUUCAGAAAGACGAGCCGGAUCCCAUGGGGUCCACGGACAGUGUUGUCCAGUCACUCAAGGCAAUGGGGUUGCCGCACGACGACAUCCGCUUGCGAAACCGCUUUCUUCUAUCGUCAACCAGCUUCUCACCAGCCCUGUUUCUUUCACAGGUGCACGCCACAGCCGACACGCAAACGCUUCUCAGCGGUCUCGACUUCCUCUCCCAGUCCAUCGACCAGAAGUCAGCCUCGCUCAAGGUCCUUGUCGAGUCCAACUUUGAGCGCUUCGUCAAGGCCAAAGCCACAAUCGACAAUGUAUACAAGGAGAUGAAGUUUCGCGGUGUCGAGCCGGCUCCGACACGUCAUUCACGUCAUCUCAGCCGAGCUAGCUACCGCAACAGCAGCGCGGGCGUGCCCAGUCUCCAGAACCCCCUCACAUCCCCCAUGGGCGAUAGCCGAAAGAAGAACGCCCUGAUCAAGGAGAGCGAGUAUGGUGUCAUGGGAAUAAAGGCGCCACUUCUUGACGUGUCCGCCAAGGCCGAGGAUGUCUGGGGCCCAGCGCUCGGCGGCCGCGAGACCGAGGAGACGCUCAAGGCGCUUUCGUCGCAGCUAGACCGGUUCAGGGAGUUUGUGGAGCUGCCCGCUGCCAUAGCCGAUAGCAUCAAACGCAAGGACUACGAGACGCUGGUGGAGGAGUACAACCGGGCCAGAAAGUUUGCCGAUGCGACGCGCACCAUGGCCGCCCGCCUUCAGGGAAAGGCGGCCGCGGAUGAAGAAGUCUAUCAGAUGCUGCUGGCAGGCCGGAUGUGGCACGACGUUGAGCAACAGGUGCAAAACUUCAAGCGGGAUAUAUGGAAGAAGUUGAUUUCGUUGCACUCGCUCCCCAAGUCGGAGGCGACGACGGGUCGGGUCCAGGACCAGCACAUGGACCUCAUCAACCUCCUCCUCGAGCUCGGCGUCUCCGACAACCCCAUUUGGGUCUGGCUGCUGAGCCACUACGAUUACCUGAAGAGCAAGAUUCAAACCACUGCCGAUCGGUCCAAGGUCGAGAUCGAAGUUCUGCGUCGCCGCCUGGCCAACGGGGAGAAGCCAACCUCGUAUGCCAUCGCAACCCACCUGCGCUCUCUUGGGCGGCAGCCUACCGAGGACAGGCCCAUCGCGAGCGACUCGGCCGAGGUGCUGGAGCUGUGGGAGAAGAUGCUGGCCUUCUUGUCCAACAUGCUGUCGUCGUCGGGAAUACUCGGAGAGGUGCUCGAUUUCUGGCAGACAGUCGAGAGCUUCAUCGAUGGAACGGCCCAGGCGACCUUGCCCAUGGGCUACAACGGCGAAUCCAGCGUCCACCACCAGCUGUCGGACAAGGUUAUCGAGGAUCUAAAGAAGGGCUCCGUGCAGCUUGUUGAGACGCUGCGUGACCACAUAUACGCCUUCUUUGUCGGGCCGCCGCCCGAGGACAUUUCGAUGCUCUUCUCGCCACUACCCACGAGCCCGUCACCCACGACCCCUGUCUCAGGGGCUCUGAGCCCGACUGUCCGCGACCCUCGUUUCAACCUUGACGCUAACAGCCUGCCGUCCCCAGCGCCUAAGAGGGGUGAGACGUGGGAGAAGCUCGCCUUCUGGCCGCCGUGGGCCAACUCCCUCAGCGGCGUCUACUACCUAUCCAAGAUGCUCGUAUUUGUCGGGUCGGGCGCUUCUGACAUGGGCAGCAUCGGCCCCGUGGCCGAGGGCGAUAUCCAGGUGACGGAGCGGCUCAAGUCGCUCGUCGGGGCGUCACGUGAGCGCUGCGUCACGGCCCUCUGUGCGGCGUGGAACCGCGACGCAGAGAAUAUCAAGUAUGUUGAGGACUGGCAGAGGUCCGCGGAGCUCGGCGACGUCACCCGCAUGCCCUCAAGCUUCUCAGCCUUUGAGGGCACGAUGCUGCUGGGCAUGCAGAAGAUUCUCUACAUGCCCGACGCCAUGGGCAAGCCCGGCGCCGUCAACAUUGUGCUGCCGCCACCGGCCAAGCUCCUGCAGAUGGUCCGCAGCCAGUACGUCACAACGCUCUAUAAGGCGCUCAGCGGAAUGGUCGAGAACGCGGAACGGUCCCUCAAGAAACCCGACGAUGAGUGGUCGACCGAGAGUGAAUGGUCGACCGCUGCGCCUGUCACGGAGACUCUUCUUAGCAAGAGCACCCUUGAUGCUGGAGACCGAAACAUUCGCAUGCUCCUGACACUGAGCAACCUGCAAGCACUCCGGGCGGAAGUGGUGCCCAACCUCAACCUGCAGUUCGAGAACGCCUUCUCGGUCAAGCUGACGGACGAGUCCAAGACAAUCCGCGACGUGCUGGGCCAGAUCGAUGCGCGGCUCUUCCAGUCGUACACCAAGAAGUCGAUCGAGAAGCUGCGCGAGACGAUCCAGACGGGGCUGACGGCUGCGGACUGGGUGCCCCCGCCGCGGCAGCGUCCCACGUCGGCCAAGGCGUAUGUGUACGAGGCGCUCCUGAGCCUGGUGCUGGUGCAUUCGCAGGUAUCAACGACGUCGCCCUCGCUCACGUCGCAGGUUCUCUCGUUCUUGCUGGAGCAGACGUCGAGCCAGCUGCUCGACGCCUUCCGCAAGAGGCCCCACUACCCUCUCGAGGCCCUCAUGCAGGCCACCCUCGACGUCGAGUUCGUAGCCCAGACCCUCAGCCAGUACACGACGGACCGGGCCUCAGAGCUCCAGAGCCAGAUCUACCAGGAGCUCGACAGCCGGACGGACAACGACGCCCGCGCCCGGCUGCAGAAUGAGCUUCCCGAGAUGCGCAGCGUGCUCAAGAAGCUGCGAGACGCGAGCAAGAAUGAGUUUGCCUGUUUCAAGAAGCUCAAGAGACCGCCUGGUCAGGGCCCGUCCAGGACAGACAGCGGUCUCUCGACUGCGAGCUAG